UAAAAAGGAUAGCGUUUUUCUAUUUGUGGUUUUUCCACGUUCAUGGAGGUCCUUCACCUCUAAUCCUAGUGAAUGUGGAGGGACCACUGUAUUUCUGCAGCGUAGAUGCAUCCAUAGUCUUUACAAAAUGAUAUGUAUAACCAUUUUCAUUAUGUAUCAGUUGGAGCCAAUUCACAUAGGAAUGUACUCAUAAACAAUGGUCUGCCUGUUGUAUAUUAGAUCUGUGAUGGCUUAUACACACAUGUAAAUCAUCAUUUGUGGUAACAGUCAACAGCUACUGAAAAUACAUGUAUAAACUAGGCUGUGGAAUGUUGUACUUAUGUUCUUAUGAAUGUGUGUCUUCUUCUGUGAGGGUGAUAAUGCCAUGCUUGCUCAGGAGUAAGGUUCACUGUUUUCAGUGGGGCUUCUUCUUACGUAAGAAGACACAUAGCAGGAGUGGGAAGCCUGUUUUGGUCUGAAAGCAGAACAGCCUCCAUACAAGACAUAUCAGAAGACUUCUCUGCAGGGUGACAGUGAGGUGCCUUGCUGUAGUUAGGAAGGAGUGUCGUGCUGUUAACAACAUUUUAAAAAAUAAAUCAAUGGUUACAGAACAGUGCCUCCUGCGUUCUAUCAUCUAUCAUUUCCACCACCAGAUGAGUCAUCAUAAGCCAUAUCAGUCACUCAAACAGGUGCAACAAUGCUUGAAGCGUUUAAAUCUAAUGAAUCUGGAGAAGCCAAUUCAAGAUCUUAUUCAAUUGGAGCCCAUGAAUCAGAUAUCAGAAAAUCCUACAGAAUCUUUGGUUCCUAGCCAACCUGUGAUAGAAGUGGUCAUGGUGAAGAUAUUGGGUGGUUGCAAGCUUGUUCUGCGUUUACUUGAACGCUGUUGCACAGCAUUUCUUUUGUUUGUUAAGCAUCUGUGUUUGCAAGAGUAUAUACUGCUGAAUACCCUGGUUUCAGGAUUGCUGAGCCGACUCUGGCUUCUCUAUAGAGGUGUCCUGAAAAGCCUCAGUUCUUUAUAUAAGAUCCUGUUUGAAUUAUAUCGAGAAGUUUCAGAGAUACAACCAAGGCCUUAUAUUAAAGGAUUUGCUUUUCCUUCCGAAAUACAUGAAUUUCUGGGAACCCCUUAUUUGGAGAUUAAGAAGAAAAUGCCUAGAGCGUUUGUAAUGAAAAAGGCCGGAAGUGGAUGGAUGAAUAGACUAUUUGCUGGAAGCAAGACAUCUCAGUCUCAGCUUGUGACUGCAGCAGGUCCUACAACAGUCAGAAGGAAGAUGAGGAGUUCCCAGAACACCAUCGAUAUUGGGAAACCAGUUCUGGUCAACAGGACUAACCAAGAUCUUGGAAAGGAGUUGGACUUUGAUGUUAAGACCUUAUGCAAGUAUCCUAAUCUUGCUCUACAGGAGACUAUCAAAAUCAGGGAACUUCCUGGAUCAAAAGAGAGAGAAAUGUCUACAUCUCCUAAAUCACUGAAGUCCCACCAUCUUAAAUCUUUUGUGUCCAAAUUUCAAGAAGCGAGUUCCUUUGGAGAACUGUCGGACGCACUGAGAUCAACCAUUCUCUGGUGCAAAAACAAUAAACUUAGACGAGAAGCUUUCUUCCUUGGAAUGAAGCUCUUGAAAAGUAGGCGGCUACAGCAUGUGGAAGCACAGGGUUGCAGACUACAGAGAAAACUUCGUUGUGUUAAAGCUACCCUCUGUAAAUAUCUCACACUCCCAAGCUGCAGAAGGAAGCUCAACCAGAUGCUUAGAGCACAUUCCCAUCUACAAAUGUGGAGCAAACACUCAAGAAAGUCAACAUGUGUUUCAGAAAGAACACCAUCUUCCAUCAUACCUGCACCAUCAGACACUCCUGGCUUCACAAAGGGCAAACUAUUACUUUCCCUUGGUCAGCAGUCUAAUUGUUCAUCUCAGUUAUGGACUGCUACUAACAGUUCUAACGAAACUGGUGGAGGACAAAUUCAGGGGGAUGCUUCUGCCCUUGUGGUAGAAAGAACUUGUGCCCAUAUACAGGAGGAAAUUACUAAGAAUACAGAUGAUAUUGAUGACAUUUUUAAAGCAAUAGGUUUAUAACACUCUGUUCACCAUGUUCAUACAUUUUGGUUCUGCAGAAUAAAGUGUUCUGUUAUUGCAUGAA